AUGAAUAGUCACGGUGAAUCUGAGCCACAAAGAGGCAACAAAGCAGCCACACUCUUCUGCUCUCCUCUUCUCACAGACACACACUGUGGCAUCACAAGGGGACGUGUGGUAGAGGGACGCCAUUUUCCUCUACAGGAGUGGCUACCCAGUGACCAAAUGGCCGCCACCCACACUACAAGUCCCAGAAUGCACUGCACAGGGAGGUGCAAAUGCCUCAGCCUGUUGAUUACUGCAGGUGCUCAUGCACUGGAAGAAGACAAAGAGAGCAAAGGCAGAGAGAAGAAUGGCAGAGAGACACAGGUACCAAGACGCUCAGGUGCACAUGCAAAAAAACAGGCAUGCUCUUCUCCUAUCCUCUCCUAUCACCCUUCAACAUCUUUUCUGGGAGCAGAUCCAGACGAUUACUGGCCAUUUGGAGGAAGUCUGAUCUUUCUGCUGUGUUGCACCUCUGUUACAGAUUCAUUGACUUUUUGUGACACACACUGUGGCAUCACAAGGGGACGUGUGGUAGAGGGACGCCAUUUUCCUCUAGAGGAGUGGCUACCCAGUGACCAAAUGGCCGCCACCCACACUACAAGUCCCAGAAUGCACUGCACAGGGAGGUGCAAAUGCCUCAGCCUGUUGAUUACUGCAGGUGCUCAUGCACUGGAAGAAGACAAAGAGAGCAGAGGCAGAGAGAAGAAUGGCAGAGGUCAUGGGGAAAGAACCUAAGCUACCAGGACUUUGCUAAACCUAGUCGUUUUACUCCCAGUACGUUUUUGAGUUUGAGUUACUGUUUUUCGUUGGACUAUUUUCUGAAAAGACUGCUUAAAAUAAAACCUCUGUUUGCCUGCAACCACUUUUUGGCUUGUCUCUGCCCUACACCCCACCUGCUACAAAGAAAAGCCUCUCACGAUAUCACAAGACACACACAGGCACAGUCAUUUCAACAGGGCAAUACUGCAAAUUCAGCAAAGGACCAUUUACACUUCUUUACAACCUAUAAGAUGCUUUGAAACCCUGUUGUACAUACUAAUUUGGAACAGUGCCUUUUCAGUUUUUUAUUUUUUAAAUAAAUACUGUUUCCAUUGGGUGCUUUGUUC